GUUUAUUCUGUGCUCCUUGUUAAUAGAUCUCUCAGAUUAAACGAUCACAUAAAAUAAUCGUUCAAGUACUAAACGACUAAUCACUUUUUACUGGUUGGGAGAGACAUUGGAUAUUGAGGUGUUGGCCAAUUUUGUGACUACAGCCGUGAAGGCGGCUUGUAGAAAGCUGUUCGUUACUUGAUCUGCUAUAUUCCCGAUCUACAUUUUUGACUCUAAGGUAGAGUUGUUCAAUAACUUAAGUGCUUUUGAGUCGUCUUCCAUUUUUGUCAACAUGCCUACGGAUACUUAUUAUAAUUUGGAGUCCAUACCUGCUACCGUCGAUGAAGUUGUUGUCUCUGGAUUGGACAGGACACAUGAUUCAAUUGUCAAAAAACAGUUUGUGACAUUGGUGAAAUCUCAGAAUUUGCGGGACCUUUUUGAGAAUGUGAGGGUUGCUAAAGAAAAGCUCGCAAAACUUGGAGUGUUCAAAACUAUUUUCGCUGUUGUGGAUGUGUCUGAAGAUCAUUCGAAGCCGGAUGCAUAUAAAAUUACCUUCAAAGUUGAGGAAAAACGCUUCGUUACUGCCCGAAUGUCAAUGACUCAUGGAACUGAUGGAAUUACAAAAGCAUGUGGAAACGUUCGUCUCAAUAAUUUUGCUCGCCGUGCUGAAUGCGCUGAUAUUGAUGUUGAGAUCGGUUCAAACCAGAUGGUUUCCAAGUUUGCAACUAUUUCAAAGCCAUUGGAAAAUAAUCCAUACGUUCGUGUUAGUAUUGGUGGGACAGAAGGGAAUUGGGAUCACUAUUGGGCUAAAUUUCUGCGACAUGAACGUUCAGUUUUUACAGAAGCUCAAGCAGAAUCCUCCGUUGGAUUGCACAAAUUUCAAUGGGAUGCAGUGUGGCGAGAAACAGAAGUUAAGGAUCCUACUGCACCUUUAGGCGUCCUCAAAGAAUGCGGAUCAGCAGUGAAAUCUAGUCUUCGUCAUGUUUUCGAAUCAGAUGCUCGUCCUGAUUUAGUCUUUCCAGAUUCUGGUUAUCUCUGUAGAAUAAGCCAAGAAAUUGCCUCCAUUACUCCUGGUAGUCAAACAGGACAACCUAAUGUUAGUAAUAUUUCUUCUAGUGAUUCAGGUUCUUUAGUCGAUCGUGCAUUGCAAUUGAAAUUGGAGGGAUUGCUUCAGAAACCAUUUCGUUUAUGUGACUGGCUUGUUGGAGAAGUGACAUUUUCUUCUGGAUUGAUUCAUUCUUUGAGUAAACAUCCGGUUCAUAUUUCUGAUCGAUUUUUUUUGGGUGGACCUUUAGAACUUAGAGGAUUUCAAUGGCGUACUGUAAGUCCAUCAGAGCCAUUACUAGUGCCAACUGUUGGAACGUUAGAUAGUUAUAAAGCAACACUUAAUAAUAACGAUCAACAAUCAUUAUCAACACCUAUGUCAAUUAACUCACCAUCAUCACCUGUUGGUGCUGAUGCUUUCUGGUUAACUGGAGCUCAUUUAUACACUCCAUUGCCAUAUUGGGGCGCUGAAGAAGGUUCAUUAGCUGCACAAUUACGUCUACAUGGAUUCCUUCUUGCUGGUUCUACACUGGAAAGACCUAUUCAAAAAUUGAUUGAUUCACCUUCUACAUGUAGAACUGUUAAUGAAUUUAGUCAGUAUUUCUUGAAUGAACUAAAAGGUCGACCUCGUACCGUAAUUGGUAUGGGUAUAGUAUUUCGUUUCGCUGGAAUUUUACGCGUUGAAUUGAAUUAUUGUUUCCCAAUGACAUAUCAACCUGGUGAUCAAGUAAAGCCUGGAUUCGCUUUUGGAUUUGGAAUGUACUACAUGUGAUUCAUAGAUCAAUCUGUGGUUGUGUAGUUUUAAUUUUCCACUGCAGAAUAUCUUUUUGUGUAUGUGUGUGUGUAUGAAACAGUCAAAUCGACGGAGGUUGAUCCCAUUAGUGACUUUAUUGUUGUUAUUAGCAGUUUAGAUUUACAGUGGUUUCUUCUUUGUUGCAUUUUCGUCUUACUUUAGAUUACCUAAACGGAUACUGUACACACAUUUCAUGUAUAAAUCUAUUAGGAAAUAAAUACAUAUUUCAGU